AUAUAAAUGGGAAACUUUUCAAUUUCAAGCCACUCCUCGCUAUUGGGCCGCAAUUCACUGCACAGAAGCAACAUGUUCACGCCAUUUGUCUCUUUCCAACCACCACCGGAUUCCCUUCGGACGCACAUAGAUUACCCAGCUCAGUCUCUAUGUACUCCGCGAUGCCCGCCAGCCGUAUCGAAGCCGUCUCACCGACACGCGAUUGUGGAGGAGCGUAGUAACGAUUGGGUUACCGUGAACGUCGGGUCAUCGCGCUCGAGAGCGCGCGCUUCCUGCCCAGAGAACUCUCUUUUUCUCGUGCGAAAAACCUUGUGUAUUGUUUUAGGAUUAGCCACAGUGGACUUGACGAGUGAUUUAGGCAAUUUUCUUGUGGGUUUUCCUUCUCUCUUAUGGAUUUAGCAGUGUCGCAUCCCCACAAAUUAGGACAAUUUUCGCUCAAUGACAUGAACAACCACUCAGCAACGCCUCCCGAUUCCCCGGAUGGCAUUUGUGCCGAUGGGAAGUCCUCACCCAAUUCACUGCCGCCGGCGGACAACAGUCUUUCGCCACCGCCCGCCGGAAAUGGAUAUCAUCUAAACGGAAGCUACCAGGCGAACUUCAUUCACGCCACGACAAAUCAGUUCACGAAGACCAGCGUGCCAAUUCGCAAGUCCUUCAACAUUGACGCCCUCCUCGCCAAGGGACACACACCCGACGACUCGCCGGACUCCGGAGGCCGAUGUCCCGCUGAUGAUGUCUUCAAUGAAGAUCGUCGCGAAUUCACUCCGAGCCCCGAGGAGAAAUACCCACGAUCUGAAUCACCGUCAUCCCAGCGAUCUAGUCCAUCCAUCAGUCCGGGUUGUGAGGAGCAGGCGCUCCAGAUGCAUCAGAUGCACCUGCACGAUCCCUUCAAGAAGCCCAUGCCACCGCAAUUGCGUCCACAGGACUUCUCGCCGCUCUACAACAACUAUCCCUACCAUCUCAUUCCCGGCGGAUCAGCCUUCCAGCGACCAGUGGAAAUGAAACCGCUUCCCAUGCCAAUGGGAAAUCACGCAUUUAUGACACAACACAUACCUAUUGAAUAUUUGGCCAGAGCUGGAAUGCUUCACCCGCGAUUUCCAGAUCUAACAGGCUGCUCGGCACAGACAAUUUUGGGAAAAACCCGAAGACCCCGGACAGCCUUCACGUCGCAGCAGCUCCUUGAAUUGGAGAAGCAGUUCAAGCAGAGUAAAUAUCUGUCCAGACCGAAGAGAUUUGAGGUGGCGAGCAGUUUACUUCUGUCGGAGACACAGGUUAAAAUAUGGUUCCAGAACAGACGAAUGAAAUGGAAGCGCUCAAAGAAGGCUCAACAGGAGGCCAAGUCAAAGGAUCACUCCAUGCACUCCAGCAACUCGGGAUCGAGUGCGUCAGACAGUGAGAAGUCGCCAUCCUCGUCCGGCAAGGCAUCGUCCGCGCCAUCAAUUGUCCAGGGAGGAGAGAAGCUCAAUGCCGACAAGUCGCUCGCGAGCCUGCCGGAGAAUCCCAUAAACAGGAACUUCGCCGUGAUGAAGUCGGGCCACAUAGUGAAUAGCUCGAGCAACGGCAGCAGUGAUCAACAUCGAAUGGUGAACAAUCUGAUGGCGUCCAAUAUGAACAACUUCAGUAAUUUGGUGGAGGAAAGUGUUCCCGCAAGUGCAAUACUGAACCGAAGAGGCGUCGUCUUCACCGACGGCGUCAUCUCCAAUGGGGACAUGUUCAGACCCUACGUUGUGUAGAUCCUGGCGCUCACUAGACGCCCUUCCACGCCUCGUCCUUGCUCAGAUUGCAGCAGGGAAACUUCGCAAAAUCGAUCUAAUUUACACGUUCAACCGUAGACUUUUGUGAACCAAAGAUAUCGAGAGGUAAAAACUUAAGCACAGUGUUAUAUUUUAUUUAAAAUGACAUAUUUUCAUCGUGUGGAAGGGCUUUUCUUAUUGUGUCCUCUAAUUAUUACAUAUACAAGUAAGUGUAAAUAGUGACUAAUUACCUAAUAAAGUCUAUCCCCAAAAUGCAAAGUGAAUGAAAAUUGAAGCAAAAGCCAAGUAACUGUAUUUAUUUAAAAACGAUUGUAUAUAUACAUGAUUUAAAAGAAAUGUGUGAAAUUCAAUUAAAUUAUUGCAAAUUCAAAACAAGUAUUAGAUGAAAAA